UGGGCUCCUUUGGGCUGCGAGCGGAUGAUCCACUUUGCCAUCUCGUGUCUCUGUUCUCUGGGUGGGAGUGGGGUGCACGUAUGACUGGCGCUUGACUCUCCCAGAGCCCUCGGUCCUGUGGGGAGGGGUACAGGCGGGUCUCGGAGAGGGAGGCCACGUGUGGGAAAUUCGCAGCCACAAUCCCAGCUGCUGCCGCCCAAGAUAAAGAUUUCGAGGCCCCUCCCCCCAUAUCUUCCAGACAGAAUCUCUAGCCUUCAGACUUCUCCUCUGGUUGAGCACCGCGCUUUUGGGGGUCCAGGGGGUCUUUGGGGCCAGGCUGCCACUAGGGGGUCCGAGCCCCAGGAUAGCUGUCCUGGCCGGCAAGGCCGGAAGUGCCAGGCAGGGCUGGGGUGGGGGCAGGGCAGAAAGCGGCAGCCGGGACCCUUGGGCUGCCCACUGGGCUGCGGAAGAUGGCCAACCAGUGUCAGUUCGAGGCUACUGUCCGCGUGCCCCAUCGCACUGUCGGCACGUGGCCUGGGCACCCCGGUCCAAAGUAUCUGGAGCCGGUGAGGGGGGUGUGGCCUGUAGGGCGCUCCAGUAGCCCAGCUUGCUGUGAUCCUAGGCCAAUGGCAACGUUUCUCUGCGCUACCCCCUGUGACUGCCUCCCAGAGGAGGGGGGCUAAGGCUUUCCUGGUCCAACCGUGCAUAGACUGCCAGACCCACAUUCCAGGCAGAGUUCAGCCUCCUGAACCCUGAGCAUGGUCCCCACUGAUGACAAGGGUAAGGCAGAGAGUCAGAGUGGACCACAUGGGUUGGGGGUCAGAGCUGGGUUUGAAUUCGGGCACUGCAGGUGUUCAAGGGCUUACUGAGCACCUGCUGUGUACCUGGCAGGAGGCUGGGGGCUCAUUCCAGCCAGGCCCCAUCUCCUGGAAGAUUCAGAUUAAGUAGUUGCCACAGGAGAACUUCCUGGUGAGGUUUGCAGAUGGGAAGGCAGUGCUUACAACCAGAGCUGCCCUGCUAUCCUGCUGAAUUUGCAUUUGGCAUGGCUGGAAGUUCAGUUUCCUGAGAGAGGGAUUUCUGCCUAUUUCCCAAGUGCCUGGGGCACAGCGUGGGGGACAGAGGCAGAGGGGCUGGAGCCACGCGGAAGACCAGGCAGAGUGAAACAAACAGUUGGGGUUAAGAAGGGCUGGAGGCAGAGUCCUGGAACCACCGCCAUGGCCAGCAGCCUCUGGGUCACCGCCAGGGGGUGGGGCUGACGGGUUAUCAGCCCGGGCAAGAGGUGGGCAUUCCUGGACGUGUCCCUGAGGCAGGAGCAGGUACGAUGGGCAUCUGGGGACGACUGGCCUUCUUGCUGUUGCUGCUGUUGCUGCUGCGAGGCCUGGGGCAGUCCUCGUGGCCUGCAGCAGUGGCCCUGGCUCUGCGCUGGCUCCUGGGAGACUCUGCCUGCUGUGGGCUGCUGGUCCUGGCUGUGCUGGCGUGGCCCUGGCUCGGGCCCUGGAUGCCCCACUGGCUGAGCCUGGCGGCCGCGGCCCUCACACUGGCUCUGCUGCCCACGCAGCCGCCCCCAGGGCUGCGCUGGCUGCCUGCAGACCUGGCCUACAUCUUCAAGGUUCUCCGCCUGGGCCUGAACAUCCAGGUGCGCUUGAGCCGGCAGCCACCUGACACCUUCGUAGAUUCCUUCGAGCGGCGGGUGCGAGCGCAGCCAGGGAGAGCGAUCUUGGUGUGGACGGGGCCGGGGAGCCGCUCGGUCACCUUCGGGGAGCUGGACGCCAGGGCCUGCCGGGCGGCGUGGGUCAUGAAGGCCGAGCUGGGCGACGCCACGGGACCCCGCGCUCAGGAGCCCACUGCCCUCCUCGUGCUGCCCUCGCAGACCAUUCCUGCCCUGGGCCUGUGGCUCGGGCUGGCCAAGCUGGGCUGUCCGGUGGCCUGGAUUAAUCCACACGGCCGGGGGGCGCCCCUGGUGCACUCGGUGCUGAGCUCUGGGGCUCGGGUGCUGGUGGUGGACCCAGGCCUCCGCGAGAACCUGGAGGAGGUCCUUCCCAAGCUGCAGGCAGAGAACAUCCGCUGCUUCUACCUCAGCCACUCCUCCCCCACGCCGGGGGUGAGGGCUCUGGGGGCUGCCCUUGAUGCGGCACCCUCAGACCCCGUGCCCGCUGACCUUCGAGCUGAGAUCAAGCUGAGAAGCCCAGCCCUGUUCAUCUACACCUCGGGGACCACCGGGCUCCCGAAGCCAGCCAUCCUCACGUACGAGCGGGCGCUGCAGAUAAGCGGGAUGCUGACCCUGUGUGGGGUCACAGCUGAUGACGUGGUCUACACGGUCUUGCCUCUGUACCACACGAUGGGGCUGGUCCUUGGGGUCCUUAGCUGCCUGGAGCUUGGAGUGACCUGUGUCCUGGCUCCCAAGUUCUCUGCCUCCUGCUUCUGGGACGACUGUCGGCAGCACGGCGUGACUGUGAUCCAGUAUGUGGGCGAGGUCCUGCGGUACCUGUGCAACACUCCCCAGCGGCCAGAGGACCGAACACAUAAAGUCCGCCUGGCGAUUGGCAGUGGACUCCGGGCAGAAGUGUGGGAGACCUUCCAGCAGCGCUUUGGCCCCAUUCGGAUCUGGGAAGUCUACGGCUCCACGGAAGGCAACGGUGGCUUUGUCAACUAUCCAGGGCGCUGUGGGGCCCAGGGCAAGACAAGCUGCUUCCUUCGAAUGCUGUCCCCCUUCGAGCUUGUACAGUACAACAUGGAGACAGAGGAGCCUGUGAGGGACAACUGGGGCCUCUGCAUCCCUGCGAGGCCAGGGGAGGCAGGGCUCCUGCUGACCCAGGUGCUGCGUCACCAACCUUUCCUGGGCUACCGUGGGCCCCGGGAGCACACAGAAAGGAAGUUGGUGAAGAACGUGCGGCGCCCGAACGACCUUUACUACAACACCGGGGACGUGCUGGCCCUGGACGACGAAGGCUUCCUCUACUUCCGCGACCGCCUCGGGGACACCUUCCGGUGGAAGGGUGAGAACGUGUCCACGCGGGAAGUGGAGGGCGUGCUGUCACUCGUGGACUUCCUGCAGGAGGUGAACGUCUACGGUGUGCCUGUGCCAGGUGCGGAGGGUUCACCUCAUUCUAACCCCCCAAUUGCUUUGUGGGUGGUGCCGGAGCUUUGUUACAGGUGGGGGGCUGCUGGGACCCAGGGGAGAGAGUCAGUCGCGGGCACUGUGAGGUGGGUCCGCCGAGGAUGCAUGUGCUCCACAGGAUGUGAGGGCAAGGUGGGCAUGGCUGCCGUGCAGCUGGCCCCCGGCCAGGCGUUUGAUGGGCAGAGGCUGUACCAGCACGUGCGCACGUGGCUCCCCGCCUACGCUGCCCCUCAUUUCAUUCGUAUUCAGGACGCCUUGGAGAUCACAAGCACGUUCAAACUGGUGAAGUCGCGGUUGGUGCGCGAGGGCUUCAACGUGGGCAUUGUUGCUGACCCCCUGUACCUGCUGGACAACCAGGCCCGAGCCUUCCGGCCCCUGACUCCAGACAUAUACCGGGCAGUAUGUGAGGGAGCCUGGAGACUCUAACCAUCGGGUCAGCCCACAGGACGUCCGAAGGCACUAGGCCCAACGCUGAUCACCACCCCCUCUUGUAUCGUCACCCACACCCCAGACCUGCACGGCGUCGUCAGGAAUCCCAGCCUCUCCUUAUCCCCAGCUGCACAGUGUGGGAUGACCCUGGCCCCGCAGCAGAGCGAGAAUAAACUUGGAUGUGUACAC